UCACGAGACUGUGAAAAAAAUGGCGCUCUUCAGCGACGAGAAGUUACGGUACCUGCGAAUUUUGGGAUUGAAAUUUGACGCCACAGAAGAUGACAUAAAGAAGACCUACAAGAAACUCGCCCUACAACAUCACCCUGAUAAGUGUCAGAGUGACCCUGAAGCUACUAAAAGGUUUCAGGAACUGAGUGCAGCGUAUUAUGGGCUACAGAGACUUAAAGAGAGGGAGACACGAGCCUCCUACUGCAACUGUGACCACGCCCACUACCACCAUGGGUUUGACUUUGACUCCGACUGCAGCGACUACUAUGACUCCGAUGAUGAAUAUUCCCAGUUCUAUUUCCAAGAUGAUGAUGAGGAGCUGAUGGAUUUCUUCAGGAAGAUUUUCAUGGAUGUUUUCUCUGAGUUUGUAUUCAAGAAAAAGUUCCAGUCCAAGAGGAAGAGACCAGACACCUGCACCACAGAAGACACAGAGGAAGAGAGUUUCUUCGAAUUUCUGUCGAGGAAGUUCCGGUCCGAGGGGAGGAGCAGCACUGACGACUACAUUCUCACAGAAGAUGAUUUGAAGAAAUUCCAGUCUUAUGAUGAAUGGCAGAAAGCGAGAGACCCCAGCAAGCCUCCUAACAGAUGUAAGAGGCGAGCUGUCCAGAGAUCCAGGAAACAUCAGAAAGAGGAACAGAAGCAGAAGAACAAGAAGCAGAGGAAGAAUGAACAGAGGAGGAAGGAGAAGGAACUUCUGGAGAUCCGAGAUCAGCUUCUGAGGACUCUGGAUGAGAAAAAGGAAAAACAGAAGAAAAGACAAAACGCAGAGCCACCAAACCACAAACCCAGCAGUGAAGCAAACCACAUGAAGUCCAGAGCCACAAAAAGUCCAGAAAGACUUGAAAUUGAGAGGCAACUGGCAGAAGCUAAGAGAAAAGAACAUGAAUUACAAGAAAACUUGCGGCGUCUCGAAGCUAAGGAACAUAAGCAAGAGAAGAAACUACGCAAAUCUGAAAAAAAGAAAGCGAAAAAACAACAGACCUCAACACAAGAUGCUCCAUCGCUGCCAUCGGAACAGAGAAGCUUUCCUCACAAGACUUUCAACAACAUUGACUUUGUGGAAAGCAAAUAUGGCCAGAAAAAUAUAACCAGCACCUUUGGUAACAAACAUGCUAAGCAGAUAUCUAAGGAGGAGCGGGACAAAGGCCUGGCAGACCUGAUGGACAAGGUGAAGAGGAAACAGAGAACUUCUGAUGAUGGAGGCAGUGACGCAACAAUGCCCGACGUUACUGCUGCCAUUGAUAAAGGUCAAAAGCAGGGCUGUGUAAAUGUGAGACCGAAUGAUGCUCCUCGAUCAGCCAGAAGAAGCGACACCCCAGCUGCUGAGACCACGCCUGAAACCUCACUGCUCCACCACCAUCUGGAUGCAUACCACGAGUUGAUGAAGCUGCAACCAAGACGGCACACGGAGCAGCAACUCCGCGAGGAGAGGCUGCGCAUCAGGGAUGCUCAGCUAAGAACACAGCAAUCAGAGCUUGAGAGACUCCGUAAAAAUCCCAGUCAUGAUUUAUUCAAAGAUGACCUGCAAAUGAAGCGAGACGAACUCCUGCAGAAGCAGAGAGAAAAGGAGCGUCUGAGAAAUGAAGAAGAGGCCUUUGAACUGAAGAAAGAGGCUGAGAGGCAGCACAGUGCCCCCAUUGCCCCUGUGAGCAGGAAGUACUACGAGAGCAUUUCCUACCAUGAGAAGCAGCACAAGAUGGAGCCUCACACACCACACAGACAGACACCCAGGCGGACAACGAGAACACCCCCUCUCAUCACUACUGUGGAAAACCCCAUCAAGAGAGAGAUUCCCAACCGGCAGAGUACAUGGAGUCGUGUGGUGACCAGUGAGUCACCAUGGGGAGAGAGGACUCGGAAACAACUGGAACUGAAGACAAUGCUGCCAAGUAACAUGGACGAAGAGGAGGUGAUGCUGCAACAGGCGCUGACCCUCAGCAUUCAAACAGCUGAGCUCGACAUGCAGCAGAGAAAAUGGCAGGAACAGCUUGAACAAGCAGAGGCAGACCGGCGGAUUAUGGAAACAGCCCACUGUACAAAACCGGGCAAGAAGCAGCCAGCCAAAAGGAACAAGAACUCUUGCCUGUCAGAGCCAGCUGUUGGUUCUUCAUCUUCUAGCAUGAAGUACCCUCUAUCGGACAAGUUUUUGGUGUAUCCUGGAGCGUUUGUCAAUCAAUCAAGCCACAACUUGGAUGAAUUUGAAACCCGACCUUCAUGGUGUCUACCCCUAAAUCCAAAAUCGGAAACAAGGAAAGUGUGUAAACCAAAACCAGCUAAAAGGGACAGUUGGUCGCUCUGCCCUGGCAAACCCACGGCAGAUGACUGGAGCUACUCAAAGUCAGCUGAUACGGAGAGUACUGAUUCAGAACUUGAAGAAUAUGAGUAUGCAGUAGAAGAGAGAUGCUGUCAGUUCAAAAGCCUUGUUGGUAAUGUUCGUGCUGGUGAAUCAAGCUUGCAUGACAGCUCUUGCACAAAUACUCAGCAGGAGGGUGUUAACAGAAAUAUCAAGUCCAAUCGAAAAGCUGAUCAGGAGAAAAAGUCGCUUGAACUCAUUACAAAUACGCCUUGGCAAAAUACUAAUGAAAACUCAAAUAAUGUCAACAAAGAUGCCCGAAACCAAGUUAAAGCCAACUUUUCAAGAGACUCUUCAAGCCGCAAGGAAAGCAGUGAUGACUGGGAUGUGGAGUGUCAAUGGAAGACAGAAGGCCCGUCAUAUCCACUACUCAAGUAUAAGCCCAGGACGGAUAAUAGGAAGUCGAGGGAAAAAGUAAAUGAGAGUUCCUUACCUCCCAAGCCCCUCUCUCUGAUGCGAGAAAACUGUGAACCUUGUACUGCAGAAGGUACUGUGCAAACAGAAGAGCAGCUGACACCCAAACCCAUCCCUGUGUUGCUAGGAGACACUUUGCGUUCUACAUCAGAAAGUCCUGUGAAGACUGAUAGCCAACUGCAAAUAGAAACGGUUGGUUUAGCAAGUGUUGUCAAGAUUGAAGCUGAAACUAACACGGACUCACUGGUGGAAUCUGACCUAGUUCCAGAGAGACAUGACUGUUUCACACAAACCAAGGUCUCGUCAGGAUUUGUAGGAGGUUUUUGGGACUCUGCUUCAAACAAUGCUGACAAAAUUCCUGUUCCCAAGCAACAAAGAAAUAUUUUGGCAGAUCAAGAGGUGUUGAAACAAAUCCCUCUAAAUGGAUUUACACACUCUAAAGAGAAGGAUCUCAAAGAUAGAUCUAGUAACCGAGUGCCCCCGGUGGCGCCAGAGCCUCGCACACAGAAGCCUGAGAACUGGGAUGACAAUCACCUUGUUUCAUCCUUGGCUGAAUUAAGUGUAAAGAAUCCUGCUACAAACAGAACAGAAACUAGCAUCACUGUCAACACAGGUCAUGAAAAGACCACGAUUCCAAGACUACCUGUGAUAAUGUCUGUGUUGAACGAUAGCCAGGAGCAAGAUCAAGUGCCUGAAAGGAUGAUGACAGAUGAUCAGAAACUAAGUAACCAUCACUACAAUGUCCAGCAAGCAGAACAGACCACUCAGUCUUCAGAAAGAAAUGUCAGUGGAUCUGGACCUUCAGAACAGUCCAGUCAACCUGGUGGCCUUCCUGUCGGACUUCCUCAACAUCUUAUCCAGGCAUAUCUACAGUAUGUGGCACAAAAUGAAACCACACCAGGUCAACAGCAGCCCACACCUCAUCCAGCCCCUGCUAAUUGUGUGCAAGGUGUUGCCUCUGGCAAAUCUUCCAGCGAGAUGACACCUGGUCUUCCAUGUAAUGCACCAUCUGCAGCAUAUCCCCUGCCAGGCAAUCCUGGCUACAUACCUGCCAUGUGGUCUCACCUGUAUCCAUGGAUGGGCCCACUUAUAGCUAACCCUGUGAUGUCCCACGCCAUGAUGCCCUUCUGCCCACCUCCAGUCUUUACCUACUCCCUUCAACAACAGAUCAAGACACAGGAGUCUGGGGCUAAGGAAGUCACUUCAAACAAGCAUCAAGGGAUCGAACAGAGAAGCUCCAUCAAUCAAGUAAAUUGCCACCCUCAUGAGUGGGACUCUGGCUUUGGUCAACAAGAUCCUGUAUCCAAAUCAAGUGGCCAUCAGUCAGGACAGUGUACAAGUUCAGGGGCCAGUAUGUUAGAUACGGAUGUUGAGAAUUGCUCACCACAGCAGACCACUAGGGAUGGUGGUGGGCAACAGAUGGGAGGUGUGAGACAGGAAAAGGAGCACAUGGUUGAAGCACAUCAGGACAUUCUCAGAUGUAAUGUCAGCCAAAAGGAUCACUCACUGAACACAGGACAUGAGGAGCCAAUGAACAAGGGUGGUGUAGGGCAGCAGACGGCAAUGAAUGGAAGUGGUUUGGGACAGCAGUACAAGGGUGGUGCAGGGCAGCAGAUGGCAAUGAAUGGAAGUGGUUUGGGACACGACAAGGGUGGUGCAGGGCAGCAGAUGGCAAUGAAUGGAAGUGGUUUGGGACAGCAGUACAAGGGUGGUGUAGGGCGGCAGAUGGCAAUGAAUGGAAGUGGUUUGGGACACGACAAGGGUGGUGUAGGGCAGCAGAUGGCAAUGAAUGGAAGUGGUUUGGAACAGCAGAACAGAGUGUACAAGGGUGGUUUUGGAGAGCAGAACUCGGUGAACGAGGGUGGUUUUGGACAACAAGGGAUGAAGUACUGGCUGCAACAGAAUCAACCCAGUUCUGAAGGAAAUAUGAACAACAGCAACUUGAUAAACAGAGAAAUGACGGCCCCCAUGACACACUCAGACGAACCUUGCAGCUCAAGGAGUAUGAGGCCAAACUUCCCACCAAGGUUUCAACGACAGAAGCGGUUGGAGCUGAACAAAAAAAUCAAGACCUUAAUACAGGAAAUAAACAAAGAGCAGGAAGAUUACAAAGAGACAGAAAUUGUCAAAGAGGAGGACCGAAUCUCAGCUUAGAUUGGAUGUUACUCCCGAAACACCUGCUGCUCCUCACAUUAAGGCUUCUUCAAGAUUGAUACCAAAGUUUUUGCAGUUCCUGUGAAUUUCUGACUUCUCAGUGCAUUGAAAGGAGAAAACUUUAGUGCUUCACAUCAUACUUGUCCAACCGUGUCAUUGCCAGAAAUGUUUGUUUGGAGAUCAGAAGCUGUCUCAAAAAAGCACAAGCAAAAUCGCAAACUGUUAAUUUUCCCAUCAUUAUUUUUAUAUCAUUAUUAUUUUUUCAUUAUCAGUUUGAAUUCUAUUUCUCUGAUUGUACUGGUUGUAAAGGUUGAGAAGAGAACACCCUAUUGUUUCAUGUUACAAAGGUGAAUGGUUUCAUGAACAUGUUUAGAAAAUGAGAAGGGACAGAUGGUAAAACUGUUAAGUUUACUUUUCAUUUAGUGAAGAGGAUGUGUUUGUCACUAGUGGGGACAUGCUACAGUAGUUUAUUUCUAAUGGUGCUAAAAUUUCCUUGCUGAUGUACAUUUUUGUGUGUGCACUAAACAACAUAAGUGCUCAGUAGCAAUACUGUAUGUUAUAUAUAUAUGCUAGCUUUUUAAUCUUUUUAUAUGUUUGAUUAAAAGUGUUUUGAGAGGAA